GCUUUAAAUGGUUACAUUAAAUCUUAUUUAUUUUAGAACUUUAAUUCCACAAUGACAGGAAAUGUUCUGAUUUAAUAGACAUACGAAAUUGUCUAUCUGAAUUGUAAAAAAUAAGAGUAAACAAAGGUAUCAGUCAUCCUUAUUAUUAAAGCUAUAAAUCUAGGAAGAUGUUGACUCUCAUUUAUGACUGAUACUCAACUAACAGCUUAACCACAGUGAAUUUACAAUGCCAGUUCUACAGUGCCCUAUUGACGGCUGUAAUUGGAAAUCUCAGGACCUGGAUGAAGCAUUUGCUGCUGCUCUAACCACUGCUCUACAGAUUCAUGACAGAACCGUCCACCCACCUCUGGCUCAACCGUCAACACACAAGUUAAAAUUAGAUCCACCUUCUAUAGCCACAGGAUGUGAUCCAGAUCAAUGGUCUGCAUUCACCAGACAGUGGAAGAUGUAUAAAACAGGGAUGGCGAUCACAGACAAUGUCUUGCCUACAGUCCUUUUCUACUGCUGUGACACUAAUCUGCGUACAGAUAUUAUGCGUGACCUUCAAGGUGAUGUUGCUAGUAUGCUAGAGACAGAUCUUUUAAAGGCAAUCAAAAGGCUGGCUGUCAAAGAAGAAAUCACACGAGUCCAACGCAUAAAAUUGAACAGGAUGACUCAAUCACCUGGUUCAAAUAUCAGAACUUUUUUGGCCAGUCUCAGAGGCCAAGCAUCACUGUGCCAGUAUAAAGCAACGUGUAAAGAAUUAGGUUGCAACCAUAUAUUUGACUAUAGUGAUGAGAUAAUAAAAGACAAUUUAGUAAGAGGUAUUGCAGACCCAGAAAUUAUGUCUGACCUGCUAGGUGACUCCAAGACAGAUAGAACAUUAGAAGAGACUGUAUCAUUUAUUGCUCAGAAAGAGCAUGGUGAAGUCACAAGGAGUGCAGUAGGAGAUUCAGCUAGUGCUAUGAGUGCCACAUGUAAUAGCCACUUUAAAAAUUGUACAGUGUCAGAUUUGAUUGUCAACAAAGGAUCUACAUGCAUGAUUAUAAUUUUUAACAAAAACAUAAACCAGAUGCUCCGCAGGGCGUAGCUUUAUACGACCGCAGAGGUUGAACCCUGAACGGUUGGGGCAAGUAUGGACACAACAUUCAAGCUGGAUUCUGCUCUAAAUUUGGAUUGUGAUUAAAUA